UGCUGAGCCCACAGUGUGACCUGGGUCCCUGUACCGCCUCCCAUUGCUCCCACUCUGCCAUGUGCCACUUUGAGGUCUCCUCACACUCCUGCGGUUUUCCAUUUUGUCAUAGGUUGCUGGCAGAUUACAGGCCUCCCAUAGGUGCCGCCAGGCCCCAAAUCGGCCAUGGGCCCCCGUACCGCCUGGUCACGCUGCUGCUGAGCCCACAGUGUGACCUGGGUCCCUGUACCGCCUCCCAUUGCUCCCACUCUGCCAUGUGCCACUUUGAGGUCUCCUCACACUCCUGCGGUUUUCCAUUUUGUCAUAGGUUGCUGUAUGGCCUCCCAUUGCUGUUGCCUCCACCGCCACACUGUGGCUCCAAACACUGGUUUUGGCCCCGUGACUGGCCAAAUGAGUGAAGUGUGCGGUGAUUCUAAGAUCGACGGCACUCAUCUGCAUGUCAUACUGACUGAUAGUAUUAUUUAUCUUCUCCAGCAGACUCCAAGGGCAUUUAAAUUAAAGGUACAGUGUUCUGCACUAAUAUUA